AUGAUAGAAGACUUCAAGACAGCCAUGAAGAAUGAGUUUGAGAUGUCGGAUUUGGGGUUAUUGAACUACUUUCUAGGAAUGGAGAUAAAUCAACAAGAAGAAGGAAUUUCUCUGUCUCAAGAAUGUUAUGCAAAGAAGCUGCUCGAAAAGUUCAACAUGAAAGACUGCACUAGCAUGAGAACUCCUUUAGUACCUCAAGGCAAAACUCAAAGUGAAGAAAAAGAGUUUGCGGAUGCUCAAGUCUAUAGAAGCUUAGUGGGAGGUCUUCUGUACUUAACAGCCACUCGACCUGAUCUUAUGUUCUCAGCAUCUUACUUGUCAAGAUAUUUGAAGGAACCUAAAGUUAGACACUUCAAGGAGGUAAAAAGAGUACUUAGAUACAUUCAAGGAACUCUAAACCUUGGAUUGAUGUUCACUGCAGUUAAGGAGCCAAGACUGAUUGGAUAUUCAGAUAGCGAUUGGGGAUGA